CUUUCUCCUUUUUCCAAAAGAAAUUUCUUUAAUUUCAGUCGGUAAAUGUAAAUUUUACUAUACAGGAAAAAUAUAUAAAUAACUACUGAGAGAGUAGGGAUAUUAUAUUAUCCUUAUUAUCUAAUGAUAAGGAAGAAUAAAGUUGGAUGAACAGUUUCGCAAAAUUGACGAUGAGGGUAGCACAUUCAAACUGUAUUUUCUCAACACGAAAAUGGUUAAGAGGAGAGAAGCGUUUAUUGAAUAGUACUAGCACCGAGCCUAUUCGGCGGCUGCGCUGUUUUCUCAUGUAUUGAUUAUUAAGUCUCUUAGUAGAUUUUUUAAUUUCAUUAUAUACAUAGUAUUUCCAAAGAAAAUUAUUAUUCAAAAAUCAAUUAUUUUAUUUACACGUGACAUAGUGUUGUUAUUUUAUAUAUAUUGGAUAAUUCGUGUUUCGAAAAAAAAUUAUUUUUGUGAAAAAAAAAAAUGCAAUUUUCCCCAACAAAUUAUUUUUUAUCAACCAAAUAUUAUUAUUAUUACUAUUAUUUUGUGGGAAUAAAUUUUUGAAUAUUAAUGGAAGAAAAAAAAUUGAAAAUUGAUGAAAAAGAAAAAAAUUGAGGAAUGGUUAUAAAAAAAUAUGGUCUUGAAAAGAUUUUGAAAAUUUAGAAAUAAAGUAUGAGAAAGCUUAUAAUAUUAGCCUCUCUCUCUUCUUCUUCUUCUUCUUCUUAUCAUGUCGAUGGCAGCGCCAUGAAGCCCGCCAAAAAAGAAUGCGAUUUUCAUCCCCCACGCGAAUUAUACAUUGGUUGGUAGGAUACUCUGCGAGAUGUAGUUGUAGAGCCAUGAAUUGCAAUGAUGGCUCGUUCAACCCGCCUCCCACUACAGAUAAUCAAUCGUAACAUGGCUGGUGAUUCUUGUUCUCGACGAUAUUCCCCCCCUGUUUAAAAAAAAAGAUUUUCUACUUCUUAAUAUAUAUCAUUGAAAAAGAAUGGCCAAAAAUUUAUAAUUUCAUUUGAAAAUUGGUGUCAAAAAAUAAUAAAAGAAAGAAGACAUGAAUAAUGGUGCAUUAAAAUAAUAAAAAACAUCUAUAAAAUAAUGACUUUUGAAUCCAAACAAAAAGAGGUAUAUAACCAAGAUGGAAGAACUCUCAUCGUGGGAUGAAAUCCGUCAAUAAAAAAGGGUUCAUUUAAGAAUCAUUCAGAAGAAAUAAUUUCAAAUUAAUAGAUUUUCAAAACAAUUAUUAAUAUACCCCAACAUCGUGCAUUCGGGUAAUUUUAUUUAAAUUUAAAAAAAAUGAAUUUAAAAAAAAUAUCAAGAGCCAUGUAGGUAUCAAAUAGAAUUGUGUUUAAUUAUAUCUAUGUCUAUAAAGUUAAAUUGGCAAAAGUUUCGCAAAUUUAUUAUCUUUAAUAUAAAAUUACAUCAUGAAUAAUUGAAAUAAAAUGAAUGGAGUAGAAUACAAAGAAAAUAUUUAUAAACUAAUGUAAUGUUAUAUAAAAAAAAUACUUGCAACGGCGAUGGAAUCUGAAUGCUUAGAGCCUUUAAAUUUAGUAGUAAAGAAGGAAGAAAAAAAUGACGAAACACUUUUAAUUGAAGAUAAUGUAGAAGGCACAAUUGAGGAUUCAAAAGUAAAAAAUAUUGAAGAUACUGAGAUACGUGGUGACUUAUCAUUAUUACAAGAAGCAAUGAAAUCAGAUGAUUCAAAUUCAAAUAGUAUGGAACAAAAAAUUCUUACAGCAUUCUACAUGAGUAGCUUAAUGCAAGUAUGCAAUAUGGCUACACCAAGAAAUCUACAAUCAUUAAAUACACAAAAUAAUUUUAUGCAACUAUUGGCAAUGGUAGAAGCAAGACAUCAGCUAUUGCAACAAAUGAAUUGGAAUAUGCCAUCAAAUUUUUUAAGAAAUCCUCUAAAUAUUCCACGUCCUUAUUUUGAUGUGCCAAUGGUCAGUUUAAAUGAUCAAAUAUGUUAUAUUCAAAAUUCUGGUACAGCGAGUAAUUUAUCUUCCAAUAAAAAUGAUUCUGUAAAUCAGGAUCGUGAUGUCAAACAAACUUUUACAAAACGGUCAACAAAUGAACAAAAAAACUCCUCAUCGUUAUUAACGGAUAAUUCGAAAACACAAGAUACGGGGCAACAAAAUAAUCAAGAUAAAAAGAAACCACACAUAAAGAAGCCUUUAAAUGCAUUUAUGUUAUAUAUGAAAGAGAUGAGGGCAAAAGUAGUGGCCGAAUGUACCUUAAAAGAAAGUGCUGCAAUAAACCAAAUAUUAGGAAGGCGGUGGCACUCGCUAAGUCGGGAGGAGCAGGCGCGGUAUUACGAAGCUGCCAGGCAGGAACGACAUCUACAUCAGCAACGUUAUCCUGGCUGGAGUGCUAGAGAUAACUAUGGAUACGGCAGCAAGAAGAAGAAGAGGAAGAAAGAACGCUCCGCAGAUCCCACCGGAGGUAACAAUAUGAAAAAAUGUCGUGCAAGGUAUGGUCUGGAUCAACAAAGUCAGUGGUGUAAACCAUGCAGGCGUAAGAAGAAAUGUAUCAGAUAUAUGGGGGAGGGCGGUGACGGUGAUGGUGAAGGCGAUGGUGACGUUGAAGACGAUCAUUCAGAGGACAAUCUUGGAAGUGUGGGCGAAGCUGGUACACCAGAAGAUGAUGAAUCAUUAAGUAGUCCUGGUGGUUUAUCGGGAUUAUCAAGUUUGGCGAGUCCAUCAUUGGUGUUACCAUCACCAUCAAGUUUAGCAAGUCCAUGUCCAUGUCCAUUAACACCACCAGUGCCAACAUCAUUGUCGUCGAAUAAUUUAAAUUCAGCGCAACAAACAGCGGCGGCGCCGCCACAUCGAAAUCCCGUUGGAACAAAUCCCCACGAUAUAAACAAUCCCCUAAGCGUUAAUCAAUUAACAGGACAAUGUAUAAAAAGUGAUGUGGGUCCAGCACCCUCAGGUCCUUCUAAUUCUGCGAUUAGUGUUACGUAGCCCCGGCCAACCCCAAGUGACAAGACUGUAUCACUUGAUGUCAUCGGGGUUGUUUGCCUACGCGUAAAUUCUAAAAGCAUAUUAGUUAAUCAUAAUUAUGGCCAAUUUUGGUUCUUGGAAAUUGUGUCGGUAACGCAGAGACUGUUGUAUUAUUAAACUUGUACAUGAACUUUGGUACAAGAAUCUGUAAAAUGUUUUUAAAAAAAAGUAGAUUACAAAAAAAGUCUCUGUAAAUCCGUGUGCCUUUGGUUGCAAAUAAAUAUUUGUCUACCAAACGUGUCACGAUCAGUUUAGAAAGGAAAGUGCAAUAACUUAAUCUUUUGCUAAGCGAUCGUCAAUUAAAAAAAAUGUCCAAAGCCGAUUUGUAAAAGCAAAAUAAGAACAAUGUAAAGUCAAAAAAAAAAAAUUAAUAACAGAUGAUACAGAAAUACUCAGGACCAAGUGUCUAGCUGCUGUCAUUGUCGUGUGUAAUAAAAAAAAGUGUUCGUUCAGUGCGAGAUUGACGCGUGCGGCAGCUUGUAGUCCUUGUUAUGUUGUGAUGCCAAUGACUGAAAGGUCAUGUUCCUGUGCCAGGUACUAUAUUCUAUAAACGUAGAUUUACUGCAUAGUUAAGAAAUUCGGUAACAUUUUAUUAUUAUCGUUCUUCGAUCAUUCAGCCGUCAUUAUUUUUUUUUGUCAAAUACUUUUUUCUGUAUGUAAUUUGUUAUUUUUUUUAAAGUCUAUGCAAUUACUUAGAAUUUAAGAUUUUCUUGUGAAAAAAAAUAUUUUUCUUCAUUUUUUCAAAAAAAUAUUAUUUUCAUUAAACAAUUUUUCACUAA